UGUCGAAACGAUCUACAAAGAAACUAAUCCCAAACAUGGGCUUUACUUCCCAUAACAGUUACACUGUAUACUUCGAUGAAGGACGUACGUGUUUCCGCGUGUUGAAGUUGUCUCACGUGUUCCCAUCACGAAGAAUUACAUAUGUAUGUAGUGGCGUAUGGUAAAGUUCAGUGUUCGCGCAUCGCUACAGGUGAGGACACGGAUGCGCGACGGUGAGGGUUGACGAGGGAUCGAGGGUGACGGAGCGAGCCGAAGUUAGCCGAGCUUGCUCGAAGCGAAUCGAGAGUGUCGAGUGGUGUGGGGCGUACGUUUGUCAGUCGCACGCCGGUCGUUGAAUGGAGCGGGUGUGGAGACGCGUACAAAGUGCCGGGCGUCGCGGUGCUGCAGCUCGCUGUGGCUGUCCUGUACAGCCUUGUCAGCUGCACGUGGACCAACGCGCGAAACGAGGAGGCGCCCGGAAAUCUCGCGGUGGGCCGCAGACGAUCGUGUGCAAUUGUCAAGUGCAGCCAUGCCCGGUACAUCCGGUACUGAUUAGGGUUCGUCGUACCCGGCCCGCGGUUGCCAACUGUGAUUGUCCACCGGAAUCGCAACCGUGUCCGCAUGUACCGCGCACAUCGGCUGUACGACGUGUACGAAGAUGCGACUGUCCAGAACGGCCUUGCCGACAUUCAGCAGGAAGCGGUGGUACGCGGCAUCGAGUGCUGGUCCAACCCUCUUCACCCACAUUUUCUCAAGCGAGCCAGUCGAACCAGCAGCAACAGCAACAGCAGCAGCCGUGCGAGUGCGCCGAAAGAAUAAACUGCACCCAUACAGGCGGCGGCGAGUGCGAGUGCGGCGAGGAAGCAAAGCCGUGCUCGCACACGGUCAGGCAACGCCGGUCGCGUCGCACGUGCGACUGCAGUGGAAGUGGCUCGCAACCGUGCAGCCAUAAGCCACAGCACGAAGGACGGAUUAAGCGUGUUAAGUGCCGCGUUAGGCGAGCCGGUUGCGCCAUGGCCAGGUGCACCGCGGAACUCGCGAUGUUACACCUGCACUGGGGCCUCGCCACCGAAUGUGCGCCAUGCAGACCGCGCGCACUCACGCGACGGCUCUGCAGGAGGCAGCAAAGCGACAAUGAACUCUACAGGAGCAACAGCUUCAAGUUUGAGCGAUUCGAGAGGAGCAAGGACGAGUGCGCGACCCCGUUGCGGAAACAGGUUUCCCUGUGCGACGAUUACAGUUUACCAGUCGAUUUCGUGAAUAAAAGACGUCCUGCGAGUGCCGCGGCUACAACAUCCACGGUUCAGUGGGCACUACCAAGUCCUACCAUCGAAAACCCGGAAGUCGAGGUUGUGGAACAAUACAGCGACCCGAGGGAUAGCAAGAACAAGGCGUACGUGGAGCCAGGAGCUGAGACAUCCCUGCCGACGAUCUACAGCAAAGUAAAUCGCAACUAUUGUCGACCUUAUACGGAUCCAUCGGCCUCAGGCUCCUCCUGCGAGGAUGACGAGGAUGGUCGUCGAGUGGACAUCAGAAAGCGCAAGAACAGCCUGUACGCGUCUUCCUCGACUCGCGCUCCGUCAGUAGACAGAGAGAGAGACUUGAACUCGACCGACGGGAUCGCUGCGGUGGACUGCGUAGCCCUGGUACAUCUCGCGGAUCAGUCGCCGACCGAGCCUAAUCAACCGGUCCGUCAUCCAUCGCCCUAUUACUACGGUGAUCUGUUCAAGGUACCGGAGCAAGUGAGCAAGUCGCAGCCGAACAGGUACAGAAAGAGCGUCAGUCUCGACGUACCGGGUGAACGUUCACGAACACCCGGUAUACCAAAGAGAAACUCGGUGGCGGGUGAUGGGGGUUCCUAUUCGUCUCAGCAACAACAACAACAACAGCAGCAGCAGCAGCAGCAGCAGCAGCUACAGUCGCAACAUUAUCAACAGCAGCAAUCACAGCAACAACAGCAGCUACAGCUGCAGUUACAGUUAUACCAGCAGCACUAUCCGUUACAAUCACAACAGCAUUAUCAAAGUCAGGAUCUAGUGAGCCCCACGUCGGGGAGCGAGCAUGCUGUCCCAGCCAGAAACGAGAUCCUCUCGUCGUGCAUCAUCACCGAGUGGGAUCACACCCUCAUGCCUCCGCAUCGACUGUUGAGCCAUGACCUACCGACCACCGUUUGCACUUGCGUCGCAUCGGCCGAAGAGGAGGAGGAUGAGCUAGAUCAACGGCAGCCGCAGCUAACGCGGCACCAGGUGCGCAAGCUACGCCGUACACGGAGGAUAGACCCGCAGCCGAUACUCGUCGAGGACGAGGACGACGUGGAGGGAGAGGACGAGGGUGAGGAAGAGGAGGAGGAGGACGUGGACGUGGAGCUGGAGGAAGACGAGGAAGAGAUGGCUAGGCAACGUCACCUCUACGAGACGGCCUUCGACUGCAAGGUCAAUCGCUCUGACGACGACCUCGACGACCUCGAUCGGGUUACCAAUCAUCCCGUGCUGCAUUCCCAGAUGAGAAGCAGCAGCGCGAUACCAGUAAGCAGAACGAGCUCGUCGACGGACACGUCGAAGCAGCAGCAGCAGCAGCAGCAGCAACAACAACAACAGCAACAGCAGCAAGCCCUGUACGCUGGUCAGUCCCACAGUAGCAAAGAUCGACGCAAGGUCGUACUUCUCCGCCCAAAACCAAUUCCGAGCCGUCUUCAGCAACAGCAGCAGCAGCAGCAGCAGCAACAGCAGCAAUCAGACAAUAUUUCUACUCUGUCCCAGGACAUCGAAUCCCUCCAGAUCAAUUCCAGCGACGAGAAAACCGGGUCGCCGAGAUUACCGGCCCGGGGUUAUACACCGUCGCCUCCAUCCACGGCACCGUUGCCCGCCAAAUUUCACGGCAACCGUGACCACUUGUUGUUGAACAUACGCAGCACGCCGAAUCUACCCUCGCAACCGGACCAUCCGCGCCUCAAGGAUCUCCGGCUGCCCGUCAAGUCUCUGCUGAGGGCGAAGGACUCGCCUCAAAGCAGCGAGGGCAGCAUCCUCGAGAUCAAAAGCAGACCGAAGAGUUUCGCUCAGGACAGCGUGUCGUUGGAGUCGUCUCAGGGGCGACGUUUCGACAAGGAGCUGAUCCUUGAGUUCAAAGGCAGGCCGCGGGAGGAGCGGCAACGACCGCGCAGCCUGAUCCGCGAGAGCAAACCGAUCAUGGAGUUCAAGGGCAGGCCCCACGAGGCCGAGAGCGAUCUGUUACGACCUCGCAGGGACGUCGGCCUGUUGGAGUUCAAGUUGCGGACUAGUAGACGCAGACCCGGGUAUUCGAGCACGGAGAGCAUGGCCACCAGCAGCAGCGGAGGUAGCAUGGAGUCGUUACGGAGCAGCACCAGCGAGGGCAACAGAUCCACUAGCAGCUCGGAGAGCCGUCACAGCACCAGUCUCAGCUCCCACAGCUCCGACAGCGGCAGCACCAAUUGCUACCAUCAUCAUCAGCAGCCGUCGAUGACCGCCUUCCUCACUCAUCACGCCAACAAGCUGCACAUACUGUCGCCGAUCUCUGACAAAUCGUCGCAGGAGCCCGCGUCCGAGACCUCCGACAACAAUCGCAACAACAACUCGCAGAAAGCAUCGCCGGAGGAGAACGUGACCACGGAGAACAACGUGACCGCGUCGAACAACACCAACACAAACACCGGCAACACCAACACCAACUCCGUGACAUCGCCGAUGGACACGUCGUUCAAGAAGAGGCGCACGCCGCAGAACAAGAAUCUGAUCAAUCUGGCGCUGCAGUCCUCGUCGUCGGGCGAUGCGGAGAUCCAGGGGUCGGACAGCGGUAUCUCGAUCGAGUCACGGGCCGGCAUCAAGUGCAAACCGUUCGGCUUCCACUUGUUGAAACCGCAGUUGGACAACAUCAAUCUCGUGGACAACGAGCCGGAGCUGUCCGAUCUGCCUUUCGACAUGCCGAAGCUGAGGAGGCGGCGGCUGCUCAUGCAGCAGGACGCCACCACGUCUGGCAGCGCGACCAGCGUCGAUCUCAGGGACCUGCCGUUCGACAUGCCGAAACUGAGAAGAAGGCUACGAUGCAUGCAGAGCACGGAAUCAAGCGGGUCUCAGGCAUCAUCCAGCCUGUCGAUGCGAGACGUCGAGCCGCCCGCGUUGUUCGGCGGCGGCCUGGCGCGUCCGAAGAUGACACUGAAUCUGGACGGUGGGAACGGGACGAACAGCGGUGGAAACGGCGGUCAGCUCGCGCCGAAAAAACCUGGCGGCCUGAGCCUUGGAUUGCCAUUGGAGAUUAGCACCGCCCGUGGAUCCGCCGAUCUGGUUGACGUGGAUCUUCCUCUCGAGAGGCAAGGAUGGUACCACGGAUCCAUUACGAGAAUCGAGGCAGAAGCUGUCCUCCGACUCCUCAGAGAAGGAAGUUACUUGGUGAGGAACAGCGAAUCGACCAAACAAGAUUACUCUUUAUCGUUAAAAAGUGCACGUGGUUUCAUGCACAUGCGUAUCCAGAAGAACGAGGAGCUGAACGCGUACAUACUGGGCCAGUUCAGCAAGCCGUUCGACAGUAUACCGGAAAUGGUUCGUCACUUCAGCGUGAACCGUCUUCCGAUACGUGGCGCCGAGCACAUGUGUCUUCUGCAUCCAGUUAUAGCUCAGCUUUUGUAGCGCAUCUAUCGCAGCGCCGUUUAAGGCGCUCCCCGACACUUUUUGAUAAUUCUUUUACCUUCGAACAAUACUCACAGAACCUGAACGAGUACUCUGAAAGUUAUUUAUAAGAGAGAGAGAGAGAGAGAAAGCGAGAGAGAGAGAGAACUGCUGUGCAUGGGGAAACGAUGUUCCGCAGGAAAAUCUAGAGUGGCGAACGCGAAGAUUUGGUACUUCCAUUGAAAAUUCUCAGUCUAGUCUCUGGCUAACUUUUUUCCCGAGCUUCCGUGGUCGAAUCGAGAGGGGAAACGAAGGGACAGCGAUCGAUCGAGACAAAACGAAACUUUAUUCACGAGAGGGUAAAACAAAACAAAACGAGAAAAAGGAAAGAGAGAAACAAAAACACAGUACAAAGCUUGCAAUUGGUGAGAAGUUUCAGUAGAGUUUAGCGAGCGACCUUCGAGUUAAUCCUGUUCGUUUACGUAAUCCUUUAACGAUCGCGCCGACGCUUGCUUCCACGCCCUAGCGGUAGCUUUCAUUAGCCGCGAGAAAAAAAAAAGAAUUAGUUGUCCCCACGAAAGAUAUUCAUUGCGACGCUUCGACGAUAUUGUUCCGACCCUUGGCGACGAGCUUCCGUUGUUUCUCGAGUAUUCGACGAAUAUUGGAAAAGGAGAAGCGUUUUUGUACCAAGAGAGGAACGUUGAAGGAUCGGAUCCGACGAACGUACGACGAAUGUUUUACAGUAUCUGUGCAGUGUAUCGUCUUCCCGCAAAACAGCAUCGCGCAAAUCUACCUCCUCGUUAGAGGUGUGCAUGUGUAUGUGUGUGUAGAAUUUAUUUUCCAGCGAGACGGAUCAAUUCCUUUCGCUCGAUUGAUCGACGAAGCGGUUUUCGCGCGAGAGGUUGCGUAACGAAAACGAAGAAAUCGACAAGGGAGGGAUGUUACCAAAAAGAAAAAAAAAAAAAAAAAAGAAGGAAAACUCUGGAUUUUCAGGAGGAUUUCAAUGUGUAAAGAGCGUGUGUAAACGUAUGUACAUGUAUAAGAUAUCGGGACGAGAGGCAGAAUUGUAAUUGCCCGAGUUGGUGGAUCGUCGUGGACUAUGGGAAGUAAUAUCGGAGCAGCACCGUGUAAGAGCUUUACAAAUAAUGGUUGUUCCUUGUGGCUCGUGGCGUGUUCGCGAGAAGCCGCGAGCCUCGCGUAAGAAGAAACUAUCGAUGGGAUCAGAGUCGUCGUACUACAAGCUGAUAAAAUCUAGAGAGACGUGAAGUAACACGUACUUACUUAGAUUUAGGUAAUCACGCGUGGUUGGCCAAUGUCGGCCGACUGCGACGAAGGAGCUGGAAGCCAAAGAAAAGUGUCGAGCCGUGUUUCUCGUUCGUGCGAGGAAGAAGCAAGAGUCAACGAGAGGAAACGAACGAGGUGACGAAGCGGUCACCGAAGCCGCGAUUCCAAUUGCCAAAGUUUACUGCUUUACACUUUGUCGUGUAAUCGUUUAGUCAGGGUUUUGGUUGUUCGUCGCCGUUGAUAAGCGAUUAGGCUCGGUAACGGUAAAUUGAUCGCCAGUUUACAUUUUUUACGUUGCAUGCACUGCGAAUCGAAACCGACGAAAGAGAGGAAUGGAAAUGGAGAGGCGAACGUGUGAUGAUAAUAUUUUUUCGUCCGGGUUGACCGAGUAGAGAAGAAGAGUGAGAAGAGAGUGAGAAGAGUGAGAAGAGUGACAGAGGAAAGAGAGACGCAGAAGCGAGUGAAGAUGAUCGAGGUCAGCCAGUCCGAACUACCGAUGGCUCGUCACUCGAGUCAUCCGUCCGACAGUCCCUUAUUUUUGGGAGAUUUUUGCAAAGAGGAGGGAGGCAACCGAUACAUAUUUUUUCAUGUGAUAUGAAUUUGUUACAGAGAUAGCCUAGUUUUCACCUGUGAUCUGUUACUUAGUUCCCUUUAUCCGUGUCUGUUGGUCGCUGUGUGCAAUAUUCUCGUACGUACGAUUAUGAUAACGAUAAUAAUACUGAUAAUGAUAAAUGAAUAGCGUGAUAGUGAAUUAAACGAUUUAGCGGUAACGGUGUAGCUGUUAAGUCGCUAUUGUAAUUUGGGUAAAUCAGCAACGACGCGCGAUUCAGCGCGACACGAGAGACGUCCGUGGUGUUACAAUAAUUAUCUCGAGGUAAGGAUUCGAUUCGCAACGGUUGUGAGCGAGCAUUUCUGUUGUUGGUCCAUCAACAUCUGCGAGUCCGAAAAAUGGCACGUAAUAACCCGAAAGAUCUUUCGACACUUGUCAUCGAUUAGACGUGAUCUAGAAUCCACAUCACACGUAGGCGAGUGCCAUAAUAAAAAGUGUCGGCAGUGUUUUUCAAUCAAGUGAAAUGAUUUUCCCAUUUUACGUUAUUUCGCUACGGAUACGUUCCAUUCCUAUGAUUUUGCUGGAAAUCACGCUCGAACGUGAUACUAGUUGUAGCGUUUAUUUAUUUUUUAAUUGUUUCAGUCAAACGCCUCUUCUCAUCAACGUUGUAUUUUGCCACUCUCUACCGUAACUCCUUCGAUUAGGUUCGAGUGUAAUACGUACGCGUUGUAUUUUAAGCUGCCAGUAUUAUUAACUGUAAUCGAUAAUGCAUAUCCAUGUUAAUAUUUAAGAAACAUUAUAUUGUCGCUCCCCCCUCCCCCUCCCCCUUCCCCGCCCUUAACGAAUGAUUAUGAGAAAAAGGAAAAGAACUAUAAUCUCUCUGUACGUACAUAUUUAUUUGGCGUUCUAUUUAUUGCAUUGUGUCGUUCUAAGCCGAUGAUCUUACUGUCAUGGUUCCGUGUAUACUGUUGAUUUUAAUCGUAAGAUCAUAGCGUGGUAAUUCGUGGUAAUCUUAUUAUUAUUAGGUAUUUAGCGAAACGUAGAGUAAAAAGUAAAAAAGAAAAAAAAAAAAAAGAAAUGCCAUUCACCAAAAUGAACAAAAAAAAAAACCCCCAAAAAAAAGAACGUGAUGUAAGAACAAGACAGUCGUAAAUUAUGUGGUAGAUACUAACUUGUAGAUACUUCCUGUACCUUGAAAUUUAUAUGAAGUAGCAUUUAGCUCCUACGUGUACAUCAUUAUACGUAUACGUGGAUAUUCUAUUAUUAUUACCAGGAAACACUAGCGCGUAGUCCGUUUUGUAGGAGGUGCGAUCGAACGUCAAAUCGGAAGCAAUCGAAAGGGGAACGGGAAACAAGAAAAUAAUCGACGUAAAGAUUCGAGCGCUGUGUACACUCAUUAUGUUGUAAACGGUAUUCGAACGGUGUGACGUGCAAUAAGCGAGAGAAAGCGAUUCUAGUGAGUGGUGUGAUUCGGUAUUUUUGUUUUAGCAUGACAGACCACCGAUGUUCCAAAAUCGAUUUCACUAGAUAGUCUUGUGUACUCCGAAACUCCCUCUUAAUAAUAAAACAUUUAAUAAAAUAGCGUUCUUCGUA